GGACUCGGUCUCUUCAAUAUGACGGCCAUGAGCUGGGUCAAAGAUUACACCUACCACGCCGAUGCGCAGCCCUACAAAUCUCCUCAGGUGGUGGAGGACUGGUACAAAAAUAAUACCAAUCUCUCCUCCGCUGUGCCGUGGUCAUCUGACGAGGUGAAAGACAUGUUUCUCGCGAAGCCUGUCUUAUUCAAUAACUCGAACUCGAACUCAACAACGUCGGUUGGUUCUAACAAGACGACUACUUCUUCCAACAAAGUUGGCCCGAUAGCCGGUGGUGUGGUAGGAGCAUUCGUCGGCACGGCAAUUCUCCUGUCACUGAUCUACUACUUGUGGAUCAGGAAACCGAUGCCGACUUCGUUCGUGGAAUUGGGGUGUCAUGAAGGUAGCCCGUCAUCCAACACCAAAGCCGAGCUUUCAACGGAGCCGCUGGUGAUGGAAAUGCCCGUGACGCCACCGGAAGGUACAAGCCGCGAGGAGACACGAGGUUGACGCACGAAACGAUAUCUACGAG